AUGCUGGAUGAUAGAAUUUUUGCAGAACUCUGGAAGAUAGAGGUAGAGCUAAGUGCUAGCUUACUACUUCCCCUCUUUAGGGAGAUUUGGAAUACGGGCAAGUUUCCUGACGAAUGGAUGACAUCAAUUAUACUAAACUUCCCUAAAAAUAAGUCCCCAAACUGCCUUAAAGAUUACAGAGGUAUUGCACUGAUUACAGUUGCCCUAAAAAUGACAUACAUCAUAUCAGUCAGGAUUAAACCAAUAAUUAAUAGGUUCCUUUCUAACGCUAUCACAUCAUACAGGAAGGGCAGAAAUACUACGGAGUUGACUAUGGUACUUAAGGUCAUUCUGGAAAAGGCCAGAAUGCAUAAAUCCCCCAUCUUUGCCCUAAUGAUUGAUAAGCCUUCGAUUUCAUUAUGCAGCACAAGAUAUGGUCCUUGUUGGAAAACAAAGGAAUAG